CAGUGCGUGUUCCGUAUAGCCAACAGAACUUCACAGCAACUUCGUAUAUACUUCCCACUGGAUUCCCACACCGGACAGCGUGUAGGCGGGGCGAACGGUACCCUAAGCGGCUUUUCUGAGUCGACUUUUCACCGAAGUCUAUGGUUUGUGAUUUGACGUAGAAUUAAAAUCUUCGCACGCAACUUUCCGAUCACCAACAUCACCUCGAUCUGCACAGAACAUACCAGAACAUACACACCAACAGAAGGAGAGAAAAUGAAGGAAACGGAGGUAGAGAAAGAAGGAAAAGGGGGGCGAGCUGCAACGAGUAAAACCGAAAAAGACCAGAGCUGGAUACCCAAGAUUAUCAAAAAGAGGGUGUGCACAACAUUUGUUGAAGAUUCCUUCAGUAAUGGCGCUCUGUGCCAGUGCGGGGGCGUGCGGGAGAUGCACGGCUCUGUCGCCAUGGGGGACUUUUUCGGGGCAGCCAUCGUGAGCCAAUGGGAGAGCGGCCAGCACUCUUCAGAGUACCCCACAGACGCCUUCGGAGAGCUGGAGUUCGCUGGCGCAGGGAAGAGACACAGCUACUUCCUGCGCCUGUCCUGUGACACCCCCCCGGAGAUAGUGUACACCCUGAUGACUGCCCACUGGGGGGUGCCCGCGCCCAACCUGGUGGUGUCGGUGGUGGGGGGGGAGGGCAGGGACAAGGUGAAGCCCUGGGUUCGAGAGGUGCUGAGACAGGGGCUUGUCAGGGCCGCACAGAGAACAGGUGCAUGGAUUUUGACGGGAGGGCUGCGGGAGGGGGUGGGGAGGUGUGUGGGAGAAGCCGUGAGAGACCACAGCACCGCCGCCUCCUCUUUCUCCCAAACCAAAGUCGUUGCCUUGGGAAUCGCCCCCUGGGGCCUUGUGCAUAACAGACAACAGCUGGUGAACCCUCAGGGAAGCUUUCCAGCCAGGUAUUACGUACAGAACACCUCCCGCGACACCUGCUGUUUGGACAACAACUACCAGGCCUUCCUCCUGGUGGACGACGGCACCGUGGGGCGGAAGGGGGGCGAGACGGGGUUCAGAGCCAGCCUGGAGGACUUCAUCUCCCACCAGAGGACCGGGAUCUGGGGCAAAUUCAUUUCAGCUGGCAGUGGCAGUAUUGAGAUCCCUGUUCUCUGCAUGCUGGUUGCAGGGAAUGAGUCCAUGCUGAAGCGAGUGGACCUCUCUCUGCAGAAGGCCACGCCCUGGCUGGUGCUGGGCGGGUCCGGGGGGGUGGCCGACCUCAUCACGGAGGUUCUAGGGGACCUCUCCACCCUGCCCCUCGCCUCGCCCCCCGCUGAAGGGGAGGGGGAGGGCUCCAGCUCGGAGCUGAAGGAGAGGGUGCGGGAGAGGGUGAGGAGGUUCUUUCCCUCCGUGCCUGAGAAGGAGAUCGAGAACAUGACCGAGCAGGCACUCAGUAUCUACCAGAAUAGAGACCUGAUCACCAUCUACCACGGAGAGCAGGAGGGUCCGGAUGACUUUGACACCGUACUGCUCAAAGCCCUGGUCAGAGCCAGUAAGAGGGUGUCCAACAGUGCCAGCGAGUACACAGAGGAGCUGAAGCUGGCCGUGGCAUGGAACAGAGUGGACAUCGCCAAGAGCGAGCUCUUCAACGGCGACAUUCAGUGGCGGUACGAGGACCUGGAGGACUCCAUGACGGACGCCCUGGUGAACGACAAGCCGCAGUUCGUGCGCCUCUUCACGGAGAACGGCCUGAACAUCCUGGACUACCUGACGUACCGGCGGCUGGAGGGGCUGUACCGCUCGCUGUCGGACAGCGCGCUGGCCUACUCGCUGCUGCAGCGGCGGCUGAGCGAGCGGCAGGGCCUCUCCGGCUCCCUGCCCUCCGUCCCCGCGCAGCUGCCCCCCGCCAUCUCCCUCAAGGCCCCCGAGAGCCCCCUGCUGGGCUCCAGCUCCGUCAGAGAGCUCAGUCUGUACGAGGUGUCUCGCCUGUUAUGGGACAUCCUGGGGGACGUCUGCCAGCCCUUCUACUACGGUCCUCUGGGCCUGGACCAGUCCACCAGCACCAGGAAAGCCCUCAAGACGGUGAAUAAGCUGUUGAUAGGUGACUGCCCGUACCGGGACCAGCGCUGUCUCUCUCCCUGGGCCUCCCUCUUCAUCUGGGCCAUCCUGCAGAACCGCAGUGACAUGGCCAUCUACUUCUGGGAGAUGGGGGGAGAGUCUGUGCUCAGUGCUCUCAGUGGCUGUAAAAUAUUGAGGGAGCUCUCCAGGCUGGAGGUGGAGAAUGAGACCAAGCAGUCCAUGAAGGAGCUGGCACAGAGGUUCGAGAACCUGGCCCACGAUGUGUUCAGUGAGUGCUACCAGAGCAGCGAGUCCCGCUCCUUCACGCUGCUGAUCAGGAAGUCCCCGGUGUGGGGCGAGGCCACCUGUAUGCAGAUGGCCAUGGCGGCCGACGCCCGCCGCUUCUUCAGCCACGACGGCGUGCAGUCUCUGCUGUCUCAGAUCUGGUGGGGAGACAUGGAGAGGAGCACGGAGGUGUGGAAACUCCUCGUUUGCUUUUUCAUACCUCCUCUCAUCUACACCGACCUCAUCUCCUUCAGGGGUCAAGAGGACGAGGGAAAGACCAGUGACGUCCCCCAGGCCCGAGAGACCGACAGCCUGGACGGAGGGGAGACCAUCCUCUCCCUCGCUGACAUCAUGCAAACUGAGGAAGACGCUGAAGAAUACAAUGCACUGAGGUCCAGAGCUAAAGGCUCCUCCCCCUCAAACAUCAAACGCCCGUUCGUGCUUCGCCGAUGGAGAGAGUUCUGGUUCGCGCCGGUCACUUCCUUUCUGGGAAACGUGCUGAUGUACUUCCUCUUCCUGCUCCUGUUCGCCUACGUGUUACUGGUGGACUUCCAACCGCCGCCGCCUCAGGGCCCCGCCCCCACAGAGGUGGUGCUCUACUUCUGGGUCUUCACCCUCGUCCUCGAGGAGAUCCGGCAGACCUUCUUCGUGGGCAGCACCACAGUGGUCCAGCGGAUGAGGCAGUACAUCCAGGACAUAUGGAACAAGUGUGACCUCACCGCCAUUAUUCUCUUCACCUUUGGCCUGUGCUGCAGAAUGUUCCCGUGGUCCUAUUGGUUCGGUCGAGCCGUCCUCUGCAUCGACUUCAUGGUUUUCACCCUGAGGCUCAUUCACAUAUUUGCCGUUCACAAGCAGCUGGGGCCCAAGAUCAUCAUAGUGGGCAAGAUGAUGAAGGAUGCAUUCUUCUUCCUGUUCUUCCUGGCCGUGUGGCUGAUGGCAUAUGGAGUGGCCAAUCAGGCGCUGCUGUAUGCCUAUGAUCCCCGCAUUGAUUGGAUCCUGCGGAGGGUGUUCUACCGGCCUUAUCUUCACAUAUUUGGGCAAAUCCCCCUAGAGGACUUAGACGCGGCCAAGGUGGAGGGCGAGGUGAACUGCACAUAUGACCGAGCGCUGAUUGAUGAAGGAGCUGAGCCCUGCAUGGACACGUCCCUCAACUGGCUGGUCAUCGUCCUCCUGGUGGUCUACCUGCUGGUCACCAACAUCCUGCUGCUUAACCUGCUCAUCGCCAUGUUCAGUUACACGUUCUCCAAAGUCCAGGAGCACAGCGACACCCACUGGAAGUUCCAACGCUACAACCUGAUUGUGGAGUACCACUCGCGCCCCUGCCUCGCCCCCCCCUUCAUCAUCCUCUCUCACCUCCACCUCUUCGUCAAGAGGUUCAUCCGCAAGGUCCCCUCCGAAAAGAUCCGCCAUUUCGUGCUGGAGCUUAGGGGGCGGAAGGCCAGCCGGCUGAUGACGUGGGAAUCCAUCCAGAAGGAGAACCUCCUGACCGCCCAGCACAAGAGACAGAGAGACUGCGACUCUGAGAGACUCAAACGCACCUCUGUCAAGGUGGACAGUGUACUGAAGCAGAUGGCUGAGAUUCGAGACCAUGAUCGAAGGCUGAGAUUGGUAGAAGCAGAUUUGGAGUAUUGUGCCAGCGCCCUCUCCUGGAUGGUGGAGGCAUUCUCUCAGAGUAACCUGAUCAAACCCACUCGCCCUCCUCCCACACCCAAAGAACUGGUCUUGUCUUCUGCAUAGAGUCUGCCUCGACGGAGGCCGGCGUGAACAGCGCAGAAUAAAGAGGGAGGAGGGUGUGCAUCAUUUCAGCUUUAUUUUAAAUUGAUUUUAAAUGCGAGCGUAAAUCAGCCAACUGUUUUUAUUGACCUUUUAAAUGGACCUUUUACUUCGUUAUUUGCUUGUUUGUACUGUUUGUCUCCUACUGACUGUGGGACACACACACACUCUCUCACACACAGACACACACUCACACACACACACACACACACACUCACACA